AAGUUUCUCGUCUGGAAACACAAAGAAAGUAGUGUCACGGAUCGACAAUUCAAACGAGUUGUAACAAAACCGUGAGAAUGUCUUUGCCGUGAAGCAUAUUCCUAGUGAUUUUCUAAACUAAUAAAGUUUUAAACAAAAUUAAAGUAUUUUUAAAUAAAUCUAAUACAAAUAUCGAGAAAAAAUAAAACAUAAAAAAGAACAGAAUUAUUUUAAAUCGAUCAGAAUACUUGUAAUGUACAAGGUGCCAUAUUCGUGAAGGAACACUACUGGAGACAGCUGAUCCUGUGCAAGGCAAGAAAAAUCAGAUGCAUCAGAGUGUCUUUUGUCAUUGUUGUAAAAAAAUGAACGUUCGUAACCAAGUAGAUUUCAUUUGAAAGAAUUAAUGAGUUUAAAUUUCAUAAACCACUAUCUUUUGUUUCUCGACGGUUUUCCUGUACUGAAUAAAUAUACACUUGUCGCAUAAUUCUACGUUAUCAACCGAGUUCGCGUGGGAGAUGCGCAUGGUAAGGUUAGUCGGUGAGAAUCACUUGUUCGAAAAAUAAAAAGCAAAAGAUUUCUUCCUACUGUAUGCCUUCUUCUUCUUUUUCUUCUUCUCAAGAGAUUUUCAAGGAUAACCGGUAUCGUAUUCUGUAACGGAUGAUGUAAGCCCGCACCUUUUGUCUUUCUUCUCUAGCCAUUAGAAAUCUCAACGCGUCUUCUGCUUCUUCAACGUUUAUUCGUUGUUAUUGUCAGUUGUCGUACUGUGUCGUGUCGUGUGGUGUCGGGUAGUGUCGUGUAUUGUCGUGCAUGCGGCGUAAAUGUGAACGCGCGCACGUGCGUUUACGUAUGUAUUAAACAUACACGUGUACGUAUAUGUUAUAAGUGUGUAUGUAGUGACUGAAUGGUGUGGGUGAACUCGCCGGACACCCACUUACACAGGUGGCUUCCUUUUUCAUUCACACCGCGCGGCUUCGUGCAAAGACGGUAGUGUAGAAAAGUCCUCUUGAGAAGGAUUUCUUUCUUACUUAAACAGCAGUAGUAGGUGGGUAGGUGCCACACGAUGACGCCAACGACGUAUAUAAUAUUUUCAUCCUAUCAAAAUUUAAUCAUUUUUUUAUUCCUCGUUGCUUUAACAAAUGCCAAUUAUACUGAUAUUAAUUUACCGGCGAGUCAUAUGAAGUAUUACUUUCAUUCUUUUCCCACGGUGGCCGAAAAAUGCCGAAACGAUACGUCCUGUCCGUAUAAGGACAGUUUGAAUACCAAAGCAUGUUGGGGCUACGAGACAGAAUGUAAAGAAGAAAAUUCAUUUUCCGUACCCUACUGUCCUGGUGAUCACAAAGGAUGGGUCGCAACGAAAAGAGCACAAUUAGACACGUUUUAUGCGCAAGGUGAUUUUGGCUACGUACGAGAUCAAAGAAUAGAAAUGAUGAUGCUGUGUGAGCCACUUUUUGCCGACGACUCAUCAUUGGAAUGCUCUCAACAUAUGAGAUUUUGUAGAGCUAGGAACGUUCUAUUAAAUUUCACGGAUCUUUUGUAUAGAAAGGAACCCAUAAGAUACAAAAUGGAUGUUUUGAAAGAAGGACAAAUCGGUGGUUAUUGCACGCUGAACGAAAAGAAGCUUCAAGACAACGCAGAUCACAUCAGCCCACUACAAUCCUGGGGACCAGAGUUACGAAACUUUCGUAGAUUUCAUCGACGUCCGAUCGUAGAAGGCGAUUGUGAUAUCGUUAUAGAAAAACCUACGUACAUAAUGAAAAUAGAUGCCAUAGUUAACAUGUAUCAUCAUUUUUGCGACUUCUUCAAUCUGUAUGCGUCGUUGCACGUAAAUCUUUCGCAUCCGAGCGCCUUCAGUACGGACAAUCAUAUAAUGAUUUGGGAAAGUUACAGUUAUCGAUCGGCAUUUCAAGAUACGUUCGAAGCUUUCACAAGCAAUCCACUGUGGGAUCUAAAAACAUUUCGCGGUGAAAAAGUUUGCUUCCGGAAUCUUGUAUUUCCGUUAUUACCACGAAUGAUCUUUGGACUUUAUUAUAACACACCUAUCAUUUAUGGAUGUGAGAAGAGUGGUUUGUUUAAAGCUUUUGGAGAUCACGUAUUGCAUAGACUGAAGAUACCUCUACUUGGAAGAAAAAAUGAUAAGAUACGCGUAACUUUACUAAGCAGAGAUACUCAGUACAGAAAAAUAUUAAAUGAAGAUGAAUUAGUGAAAGCUUUGAAAGAAAAUGAAGAAUAUGAAGUUAGAAAGGUAAUUUAUAACAAGAAUGUAACUUUUAAAAAACAACUUCAAAUCACAAGAAAUACCGAUAUAUUCAUCGGAAUACAUGGAGCGGGAUUGACGCAUCUCUUGUUUUUACCUGAUUGGGCCGCUGUUUUUGAAAUAUAUAAUUGCGAGGAUCCUAGUUGUUAUAAAGAUCUUGCAAGAUUACGAGGUGUUAAAUAUUAUACGUGGGAAGACAAUUCUAAAUUAAUUCAACAAGACCCUGGUACACAUCCCGACGGUGGUGCUCAUGCUAAAUUUACGAAUUAUAAUUUUGAAGUUAAGGAAUUUCUACGUAUUGUUUCCUUAGCUAGUACUCAUGUGAAACACCAUAAAGCUUUUAAAGAUUUUUUAAGUAAACAUAUGACUAAAGAGGAUAACAUAGAUAGUAAAACGAAGAAUAUAAAUAAUAACUUGAACAAAACGUCUAAUAAAAAAAAAGUGUCCAAACCACAACGUCAAAGUAAUAUUCAAUUAAAGGAUGAAUUAUGACGAAUUUAGGAUAAUAAAUU